AUGGUGCGUCGCCGGAGCACUGGGACAGCGGUGGCCAUAGCGUGUGUUCUGUACUCGCGGAUGGAUGUGACAGACGUCAGCCUGAUUGACUCUGAAAAGAGGGCUACGGAAGAGAUUCUGGCGCGAAUGCCCGCUUUGAAGCAGAUUGGACCCUCCUGUGGCUCCACGUGUUUGUCGAUGUGCCUGGAAUUUCAGGGACUUCCCAUGGAUCCCAGACUCAUUGAGGAACGGAUCCAUCCCUACGGCCGGGUGGAUUUGGGCGAGGUGCCCUUUGCCAUGGCGAACUUUGCCAAGCGCUUAGGGAUCAACGCGCAGAGCUAUUGCCACGGAACUCUGGAAGGUUUAGCUGAGCAUUUGAGAAAGGGAUGUGUGGUCAUUGUGAUGAUCAACUAUCGUCACGGCACGGGUCACUUGGUGAAUCUCCUGGGCUUCGACCGGGACGACGGCCACAUUGUCGCAGUACGCCUGCGCAACCCCUGGGGCUUUGAUGAGACGAUGCCGGCGGAGCAGUUCAGAGAGGAAUGGCACUGCCUGCGGCAGUGCAGAAACUCCAAGCUGGGAUGCUGGCUGCCUGUGUUUGAUGCUGGCUACAUGGUCAUCGCCCCGAGCCACGUGGUGUUACCACCUCCUCCUGCCUCGCAAGUGCUGCAUUCGGCGCCCAUGGAUGUGUUGGUGACGGCAGUGAAUGGCAUUGGGGGGAGUUUCUGCACCAUCUCUGCUGGUCAUUGGCUGCUGGGCCUCAGUCAACUGCUGGGGAACGUGCUGGCGACCCUGGGCGGCCUCAGUGCCUACGUUUUGGGGAAUUUGGUGGGGUUGAAUCUGGAAUUCCUGGGCCACGAGCUGCGCAUUUCGGGUAGUGGCAGCUCCGUCAUCGCCUAUGGUCUCGAAAUGACGGGCUGGUGCCUUUCGAUGGUCGCAGGUCAGGCGAUCCAAAAGGAACUCUCCUCCGAGGCCAUCGUGGCCUGGGAGCGAAAGAUGCGCCACGCGGGGCUCACGUUGCCCGUGCAGGAACGGGUCGUGGUCUCUGCUCGUGGCGGCGGUCCUCAAGGUUUGCCUUUCAAUGAGGUGAACCCGUCCUACGAAGCGGAUCAAGACAUUUGGGGUCGAACCCUGGGCCUUCGCACGCUCCAAGAAGCUCUACACGGUGAUGUGUCUCAGCCCAUGCCGCGGCCAGUGACUUGGCUGGAGGUUCUUUUCCCAGAGGAGUACCAGAACUUCAAGCAAGGAUGUUCUGAAAGAAUUCUAGCCAUCACUCACAUGAGUUACGUACAGAUUGCCCAUCACUUCUUCAACUGGCCUUUGCCAGACAUUGAGGCCGGGCCACGGUAUGAGGGCGUCCUGUGCCGUGCUUCUACCCAGCCUCCAGACUCUGCAGCGCUUGGCUCAGCCACCACCGCUGGGUUCCCUGCCACACCCGUGACGAGUGGCGGAAUCAACAGGCCUGUGGUGCUGGAGCUCUACAUGGAGGCCCUGUGCAGGCCUGUGGUGCUGGAGCUCUACAUGGAGGCCCUGGGCAGGGCCAUGGACGACAUGCUCCAUGGCCUCAGUUUGCUGGGGCCCAGAAUCGAGCAGAUGGCCGCACACAUCGAGAAGUUAUCCAAGGAGGUGGGGGAUCAGCGUGCACUGCUCAUGCAAAAGGCGGAGCAGCAAGACAUUGCUCAGAUUCCAGCCCUUUCUUAUAUUCAUUCAUGUUCAUCCAUCAUGAUCAGAUGGAACCGCGUGUAUGAUCCUGGUCCAUGUUCCUUGCGUGUUGCCGUGGCCAUGUCGGAAGUUCUCACCGAAGCUUCGGUGGUGGAGACAGAUGGCAAGGCCAUUCAGGAGCUCUUAGAAUCCGUUGCGCGCGCAUGGUGCACUCCCAAGGACAGAAGUCCUGACAAUUGGCAAGAGUUCCUGAAGCUUAGUGGGCCCCCUGUCAUCGAUUGGACUGCCGGAGUGGCCCGUGCUAAGUUUGAGUAUCUCGAGCGUGAUGAGGUGUUGUGCAGUGUGGAUUCUGCCACGGCGGAGUACGACAUCAAAGCUGGCAAGUUGAAACAGCAGCUGAACCACUUGGGUCACGGCAUGGCCCAAAAGAUCGACCAGUUAGAUCGUGAUGCCCAAGAGUUCAUGCAAUCCACGGUGCAGAAGAUUGACACCCUAGGUGGUGAGCUGCAAGGCACUGCGGGCAGCGGACGCGUGGAUCACCUGGAGGAGCGGCUCACAAAGGCCUUCCAAGCCAUUGAGCGGAAAGCCGAGGCGGCGGCCUUCCGAAGACUUGAGGAGCAGGUCCUGGAGAUUGGCGGCUAUGUGGAAACCAAGGCAGAGAUGGCACAGCUUCAAUCUGCUGAAGAGGUAUUGAAGGUCUUAGAGCAGAGCAUCAGCAAAACGGCCGCAGUGACGGAUUUGGAGCCUCUGAAGCGGCAGCUCAAGGAGCCCGCCAUGGACGUCCCCGCGCCCGACGUCACGUCCGCAACGGAGCUGGGCGUCGCCGCUGGGUCGCCCGUGGGCUCUGCCACGGAGGCGGUGCGGCGGCUGCGUGAGGUGGCGGAUGCGACAGAUGAGGCCUGGGCGCCCUACUUUCGAGAGAACCAGCUGGAUACGUUGCUGACGGAGAUGGUGGCAGGCCUAAGCAGUUCCGAACCACCGGAUCCGAUUCAAUGGAUGAUCCGGCACCUGGUUCAGCAUCGCAUGGCGGCCGGUACAGUGGCGACGCCGGCGAGCGAACAAACGGGUGAGGUGAAGAAGGGGAAGAAGGGGAAGAAGAUUGGUGUGAACAUCAGCGCCUGUCUUAGGAGAGGCUGCCGAGCCCUGUUAGACAUCGUUUGUGAGGAAGGCUCCUCAUGGGAACUGAUUGAGGAUCCUUCCAACACCCAGGCACCCAUCUUCUUCGUUUGGAGUGGCCAGGGCCUCCUUCAGCGCCUGAACCACCCGGCGGGCUCCGAAAAGGUGCCACGGAUGCCCAGCAGCGCAUGGGUGAACCGCUUCCCGGGCAUCGGAUGCAUCUGCGACAAGGUCAACAUGGCUUUGGCCUUGCGUUUGCUACAGAAGAUGUGGCCCGAGAAGUUUCGCUUCUGGCCCAAGAGUUGGCUGCUCCCAGCCGAAGUCGAUGAGCUCUCCACCUGGCUAGACAAACACAAGUCUGAUACGGUGAUCGUCAAGCCCGAGGGCGGCUCGCAGGGCGAUGGCAUUUUUCUGGUGCAAACCGCGUCGGAUCUUCGCUUGAAGCUGUCGGCAAAGCCGCACUUUGGCGCGGGCUUCGGCGCGUUGGCGCAGCGAUAUCUCCCAGAGCCCCUGUUGUUGGACGGCCUGAAGUUCGACCUCCGUCUCUACGUGGUCGUCACCUCCGUGGACCCACUGGUGGCGUACCUGUCGCGCGAGGGCCUGGCGCGCUUCUGCACGGCCAAGUACGAGGCGCCCAGCACGGCCAAUGCCAACGAUGCCUACAUGCAUCUCACCAACUACUCAGUGAACAAGAAGUCCGCUGCCUUCAAGGACGAGGAUCCCUUCACUGUGCACACGCAGGCUUCGAAGCGUCCGCUCUCCACGCUGCUGCUGCAGAUGGCAGCGCAGGAAGAAGCCGCUGGACGCGCCUUUGAUGAGGACAAAGUCUUCCGCUCCUUCGAGGAGGUCUGCGCGGUGUUGCUGCAAGCGAUGGCACCGGUGAUCAAAGUGACCUAUGAUCGCGUGGCGAAAGAGUCCCGGCCCAAGCCGAAGCCGAAAGCCAAGUCCCCCAAGAAACGGCCGAGAGGCGACAUAGAGGAGGAAGAAGAGGAGGAAGACGAAGACGAGGAGAUGUAUGCCCCGAACUGUUUUCAGAUCCUGGGGGUGGACGUCCUCCUGGAUUCCUCCCUACAGCCGUGGCUCCUGGAAGUCAACGCCCGUCCCUCGAUGGACAUCUCCAACCCGCUGCGUCUCUCCGACGCCCCGCCGGGCACGCGGCGCUGCGUCUGUCGCGACAUGGAUGGAGAGGAGCACUGCCACGUGCACAGCGAGGUGGACGUUCGCGUGAAGCGUAUGGUGGUGGACGGUGCGCUGCGGAUGGCGGCUGCCAACGGUGAACCCAACGAGGUCCCUGAGAGCUUUGUGAAGAUGAACUUCGAUCGCUAUAGCCCCUCUGAGGCACAGGAGACCUUGUCAGCUGUUGCCAGAAUCUUCCAGGAAGCAGGUGGCUCCAAGAAGGCCUUCACCACCUCUGGGGUCCGAAGGACCUUGGCCAAUGCAGUCAAUGCCGGAUUGCCCGCGCACGAACUGGAUACCUUGGUGACGAAAUGGAAACAUCAAGGCUAUCGCCAGGAUAUCCAUUCGGAGGAUGACAAUGCUGAGAUCGGCGUUCUGGACUUCGCCUCCUUACUGCAGGAGAUCGCCCUGGUGCGUAGCAAGGAUGAGGAUCCCCUGGAGGCCCUGGUUUCACUGAUAGAGCUGUGCGACCCUGGUGCCUAAUGAGCACCGAAAAAACGGAUGGGACUUCCACGCUGAUGGGGGUAGAUGUGAUGCGUCCGAAAAUUGUUGAUCCAGACUGGUUGGUGGUUUG